CCAGAAGACGUGAAGAAUUUGUUUGAUGAGUACUCAGAUGAUGGCUAUAUGACAUUAGACCAUCUAGUCACCUUUCUGAAGGAGGUCCAAGGAGAAGAGUACGCUCGAAAGGAAGAUGCUCAGGCCAUAUUUGAGAGUCUUAAGCAUCUCAAGAUCUUUCACAGAAAUGGCCUACAUUUGGAUGCCUUCUUCAGAUAUCUCCUUGGUGAUCUCAAUCAUGCUCACACUCCAAUGAUACACCAUGACAUGAAUGCUCCAUUGGCACAUUAUUACUUAUUCACAGGCCACAACUCCUACUUAACAGGGAACCAACUCAGCAGCGAUAGCAGCGUUGUUCCCAUCACAAAGGCACUAAGACGUGGUGUUAGAGUAAUUGAACUGGAUUUGUGGCCUAAUUCCGCAAAAAACGACGUGGAAGUUUGCCAUGGAGGGACUCUGACUAGUCCAGUGGCACUCAAGGAUUGUUUGCGUGCUAUUAAGGACAAUGCGUUUGUUGCUUCUGAGUAUCCUGUCGUUAUAACUUUUGAGGACCACCUCACUCCAACUCUUCAAGCUAAAGUGGCCAAGAUGGUGACUAAGACGUUUGGAAAUAUGCUAUAUUGCCCACUAUCGGACUAUUUAGUGGACUUCCCGUCACCUGAAAUAUUGAAGAAAAGGGUUCUUAUUUCAACCAAGCCACCAGAGUAUCGUGAAUCUCAACACGGCAGCACUAGAAAGAAGAAAGAAAACCUUAAAGAUCAUUCAAAAGAUGACGAAGAAGAUUCGCCAAAUGAGGCACCUGAUGAUCAGCAGGACAGUGAUGACAAUGAUCGAGAGGAAGACGAUGAUGAGGACGAAGACGAUGAACACGAUGUUCCAGAAUACAAGCAGUUAAUCGCCAUUCACGCAGGGAAGCCCAAAGGUGAGUUUCAAAAGUGGUUGGCCGAUGCUGUUAAGGUCAGACGCCUGAGUUUGAGUGAGCAACAGCUUGAGAAUGCCGCCAAGACUAACGGAACUCAUAUGGUCAGGUUUACUCAGAGGAAUUUUCUCAGAAUAUAUCCUAAGGGUAUGCGUUUGGACUCCUCUAAUUAUAACCCUAUGCUUGGAUGGAUGCAUGGAGCUCAGAUGGUUGCAUUCAACAUGCAGGGACACGGGAAGUACCUUUGGAUCAUGCAAGGAAUGUUCAGAUCAAACGGCGGGUGUGGUUAUGUCAAAAAGCCAGACUUUUUACUCAAUGUUGGUCCAGAGAAUGAGGUUUUUGAUCCUAAAGAAAUCUUACCAGUUAAGAAAACUCUACAGGUAAAGGUAUAUAUGGGUGAAGGGUGGCAUUCAGAUUUCCGCCACACUCACUUUGAUCGAUUCUCUCCUCCUGAUUUUUUUGUAAAGGUUGGAAUAGCCGGAGUGCCACGUGAUUCGAAGAUGAGGAAAACGAAGGCAGUUGAGGAUGAGUGGACUCCAGUGUGGAACGAGGAAUUCGAGUUCCCACUCACAAUUCCUGAAUUGGCUUUGCUGCGCGUCGAAGCGCUAGAAUAUGACACUUCUGGAAACUCAGACUUCGGCGGCCAAACUUGUCUUCCAAUAUCAGAGCUCAAGACUGGUAUCCGAUCUGUUCCUCUAAACGACCGUAAGGGAGAUAAAUAUAAAAAUGUAAGACUUUUAAUGAGUUUUCAAUUUGUUUAAACCUGUAUUAUCAUAAUGUUGUUUAUCCUCCCUUUAUAA